AUGGGUUCUUGCUUCAGCUCUUGUUUCAAAGAUAAAAACCUUUUCCACAAUGGUCAGAGCAGCGAUCUUUACGGUCUAAGCCUCUCGAGCCGGAAAUCGUCGUCGACUGUAGCGGCGGCUCAGAAAACGGAAGGGGAGAUUCUGAAUUCGGCGACUGUCAAGAGCUUUACCUUCAACGAGCUUAAACUCGCUACUAGAAACUUUAGACCGGACAGUGUGAUCGGAGAAGGUGGCUUUGGUUGUGUCUUUAAAGGUUGGUUAGAUGAAACCAAUCUCACUCCGACUAGACCCGGAAUCGGUUUAGUCAUCGCCGUUAAGAAGCUUAACCAAGAAGGUUUUCAAGGUCACCGUGAAUGGCUGACAGAGAUCAAUUACUUGGGACAAUUGAGUCACCCGAAUCUUGUUAAACUUGUCGGUUACUGCCUAGAAGAUGAACACCAUCUUCUUGUCUACGAGUUUAUGCAAAAAGGAAGUCUCGAGAAUCAUCUAUUCAGAAGAGGUACAUAUUUUAAGCCACUACCGUGGUUUCUACGGAUCAAGGUUGCGCUUGAUGCAGCAAAAGGGCUUGCUUUUCUUCACAGCGAUCCUGUCAAAGUGAUAUACCGAGACAUUAAAGCCUCGAACAUUUUGCUUGACGCGGAUUACAAUGGAAAACUUUCCGACUUUGGGCUAGCUAGGGACGGUCCAGAGGGUGAUCUAAGCUAUGUUAGUACAAGAGUUAUGGGUACAUAUGGCUACGCGGCGCCUGAGUAUAUGUCAACAGGUCACUUAAAUGCAAGAAGCGAUGUGUACAGUUUCGGAGUUGUGCUUUUAGAGAUUUUAACGGGUAGACAAGCAUUGGACCAUAACAGACCGGCUAAAGAAGAAAAGCUUGUGGAAUGGGCUCGACCGUUCCUCACAAGCAAACGCAAGGUUCUCCUAAUCGUGGACACUCGGCUAGAGACACAGUACCUACCCGAAGAGGCAGUGAGAUUGGCCAGCAUUGCGGUGCAAUGUCUCUCGUUCGAACCAAAGUCACGCCCAACCAUGGACCAAGUGGUCCGUGCCUUGCAACAACUUCAGGACAACUUGGGAAAACCGACUCAAGUCGAUCCGGUUAAGGAUACCAAGAAAAUGGGUUUUAAAACCGGAGCUAAGUUACAAGAAAAUCGGUUUAAACAAAAACCUUUUGGCAGGCACCUAGUGUAA